GAACAGGGAACGACUAUCAGGUGUCAGAGCACCGAGGCUGGAGAGCUUGUAGUGAAGAUAGAAGCAAGACGAACAUAGAAGAGGAUUCCCUCUGAUUUAUGUUUCCUGACGCCGUACCCAUUCGUGCACGGAGUAUAUAUGAACAUAAGCGAAGCGAAAUCGAUACUCACACAACAACAAAGCCACCCUCGCACCAAUUCUGCGGGAGUGGUGCCGAAAUAGACCGUGGGUGGGGAACUUCUGGAAGGUAUGUUGACACUUGUGACAGCCAGACUAUGCCGGUAGUGUCACCAGGCACAUCGUCAAAUCAAUCCGUCGAGGAACGCAAGGCUCGUCCGCAGUCCCUUGACUGUCACUGCCAUCUUGAGAGGGGCGACGACUCCCCCUGGAGAAUUAGCGUGGCGUCAACGGAAGACGCGCCGCCGGCUUGUCAUCGACACUAUUCAGCUGGGCACGACACAUCCCAAGGCAUUUUGUGCACCCACGGGUGGAUUCUCAGUGGUAGGAAGAACGUACAGUCUGGACAGUGCCACAGAAAGAGGGAGGAGGCGGGAGACGGAUCCAUGCGCCAAGCGAGAGCCCAUGUCGGAAUAGUGAUGGCCAUGGAAGGGUAGUACGCAUGACGGAGAAUUUCCUUGUACUGUAUUUCGGAAAUGGGCCGAUAUUUACAAUGCACCAAAAUGUGCAGCCUGCCGUG